CACAGAAGUGUCGGAGCGCGCGGCGAUGGUUGACGCGCCGCACGCGGAAAAAUGCCGGCGCGAUGUGCUGGCGACAAGUUUCCAAGUUCCAAAAGACGUUGCUGGUGCUGUUCCUGUACCUGACGGUGUACCUGCUCGUGUCGUACGCGCUCGCGCCCGACGCCACCGUCAGCUUCGUCAGCGAAGAGCUGCGGGUCGGUAACAAGUACGUGCUGAUGUUCCUGCUGGCGCCGCAGCAGCCGUUGUUUUCGGACGCCGAGGGCGCCGCGGUGUUCACGAGCCGGCGCUGCGGCCGCUGCUUCAUCACCAACAACCGCGGGCUGCUGCCGCUGAGCGAGUUCGACGCGGUGCUGGUGGCGGGCGAGCGCGGCGUGAUGGGGCAGGCCAUGGCGCACAUGGACCCCGGCAAGUGGUACCUGAUGGAGGCGGUGGCGCGCUGCCUGCGGCGCCGGCUGGUGGGCUGCGCGCGGGAGCCGCGUAUCACGGCGCUGGGCUCGCGCCAGGUGUUCGACCUGUGUGGUCUUUGCUCGACCCUGCUGCAGCAGCGCAACGCCAGUCUCUCACGUGGCCUUAACUAGUUGUAAGGAGGAAGCUCUCGUGCCUGCGCUCUGCCAAACACAAUACUAUAAGAUGGUGCUUCGAAAUCUCAGCUGUAGUCCAAGACCGCGAGUUAUUGUUGUAGUGUUGAUGUUUACCGAACUUUUGUUGUUAAGUGUGCCCAGAGUUUAUUCGUGCCUGAUUUAUUAUCUGUCACAAUGUACGUUAAUGUGUUACAUAGUUAUUUUGUGCUUUAAGUGACUUUUCGCGAAGUUACCAAAUGUUGUUAAACGAUCCCGUACACUGGGUGAUUAAGUUUUGUGUUACCUAUUUAGUGCCAUACCGGAAUAAACAAAUCUCAGCAAAGUUCAAAGGAUAUUUUUAACAUGUACCAAAUGUUUGAAACAAAUAUAAUAUAAUGAAUGUUG